UGUUCAACCCAAUCACCACUUUUAUAUUCCCACGAAAAUAAAAUAGGCCACUUAUGUCACUUUGAAAGAUCUUCAUUUCUCUCUCUCUUUCUGUUCACGCUGCUUCUCUCAGUUUUCGACCCCAUCCGUUUCCAGGGAAUUAUCAUGGGUCCGCUCGUGUUGACUCAGUUGGCCACGGGGCUAAGCGUUUUGGCCGGGGCCGUUCUCGUCAAGUCGGUCAUGGACCAGAAACCCAUGGCCGGACAAUUUCCAAGGUGUCCUCGUUGCAACGGUACGGGCCGAGUCACGUGUAUGUGUACCCGGUGGUCCGACGGUGAUGUUGGCUGCCGAACUUGUUCCGGAUCGGGUCGCAUGGCGUGUAACAACUGUGGAGGGUCCGGUACCGGUCGACCCAUCCCGGUUCAGAUUCAGAUGCGGCCACCAAAGCGGCCGUCAUAAGUUCUUUGCUGGUCAUGUAAUGUAAGUAAUAUAUAGGUGGGUACUCAUAUUCAUAUUUCAUACUUUGAAAGAGAGAUGGGAUAUUAUUACGUUGUAAUUUGUAAUUACAUUACUUUGCUCAUCGUAUAAAAUGAGACAAGUCUUAUAAAUUUA